UCGCUCGCUGUCUUGGCGCGAGACUUGUUCGAGUUGUUUGGAUUGGAAGACAGCAAGUCAGCUUUAAUUUUAUACGAAUGGAAAAGGGUUUCAUUUUAUUCCUUGGCAGUUGUUAAAGGCGGCAUCCGGAGCGUGACGAUACCCAAACAGUGUGACGUCUGAACCUGGCUGAUCAGGCUAAACCUCUGUAAUUUAAGGCCAGCUGACACUGUAUAAACUUAUUCGGGAUGAACUGUGAACUUCUAGCAACAUGCAGUGCACUUGGUUAUCUGGAAGGAGACACCUAUCACAAGGAGGCAGAUUGCUUAGAGAGUGUGAAGGACUUGAUCCGGUAUUUACGUUAUGAGGACGACACCCGUGAUGUCCGCCAGCAGCUGGGUGAUAGCCAGAUUGUCCAGAAUGACCUUCUGCCCAUUAUCAUUCAGUAUAGACAAGACAAAUCCUUAUUUGAUGCCUGCAUCAGGCUCAUGGUCAACCUUACUCAGCCUGCCAUGCUGUGUUUUGGUAAAAUUCCAGAUGAUCCAGUGUUUAGGCAUCACUUUCUGCAAGUGACAGCUUAUUUACAAGCCUAUAAAGAGGCAUUUGCCAGUGAGAGGGUGUUUGGAAUUUUAAGUGAGACCUUAUACGACCUUCUACAACUUGACUGGGAGAAGAGACAAGAAGAAGACAAUCUCCUGAUAGAGAGGAUAUUGCUGCUUGUCAGAAAUGUGCUUCAUGUACCUGCAGACCCUUGUGAAGAGAAGAAGGUGGACGAUGAUGCCAGUGUCCAUGACAGGGUGCUGUGGGCCAUUCACAUGAGCGGUUUUGAUGACCUGGUCAAGUUCCUGGCGUCGGCCCAGAGUGAGCAGCAGUGGAGUAUGCAUGUGUUGGAUAUAAUCUCACUCAUGUUCAGAGACCAGACACCUGAAGCUUUGGUGAGCGCCGGUCAUGCUCGUUCAGUAGAAGAGAAACAGAAAGACUCUCAGGAGCUGGAGGCGCUGAGGGAGAGGGAGCAUGCAGAGAAACGCUCCCGCACAUUUCAAAGAGGAAACAGACACUCCCGCUUCAGAGGGUCUUAUGUUGUUCAAGGCCUCAAGGCAAUCGGGGACAAAGAUUUGAUCUAUCACAGAAAUAUUCACAACUUCAACAAUUACACUCAUGACACUGACAAAACAGUGAGACGUGUUCCCAAGCGGAAUAGAAAGGCCCAGGAAUGUAAGGACAAGCGGCGCUCAGCCUUAAAUGUUCGACUUUUCCUGCGAGAAUUUUGUGUGGACUUCUUGGAAAACUGCUACAAUCGACUCAUGUACCUUGUUAAGGAAAGUCUGAUUCGAGAGCAGACGCAGCAACACGAUGAGACGUAUUACCUCUGGGCUCUCAGCUUUUUCAUGGCUUUCAACCGUGGCAACGGUUUCCGUGCAGAUUUAGUUUCUGAGACCAUGUCUAUUCGUACUUUUCAUUUUAUUGAACGCAACAUUACCAACUACUAUGAGAUGCUGUUAACAGACCGCAGAGAGGCAACGUCUUGGUCCCGCAGGAUGCACUUGGCACUAAAGGCAUAUCAAGAAUUGCUGUUAACUGUGAAUGAGAUGGACCGCUCACAUGAUGAAAGCAUCCGUCAGAGCUCCAAUGUUAUUAAAAGUAACAUAUUCUACCUGAUGGAGUACAGGGAGAUUUUUCUGACUUUGCUAAGAAAGUACGAUGAAACCAAACAACCUCACUCCUACCUCAAAGACCUGGUGGAGUCAACACAUCUCUUUUUGCGCAUGUUGGAACGCUUCUGCAAAGGUCGGAGAAACUUGAUUGUGCAGAGGAAGAGGGUGAAACGGAAGAAGUCUCAGAAUAAAAAAAAGGGGUCUGCACCAGAAACUAGUCCAGAAGUCCUUGAAGAGACCUGGAAGAUUGUGGAGGAAGAACUGAAGACAACAGGGUUUCAGUUGUCAGAGUCUGUAAUUGAAAACAUCGUACCAUUUGAUGCCACCUCUGAAACUCCUCUUGAGGAGCAGCGCACUGAGGCUAUGGUGCGAGUACAAGAUGCUUUGCUUGCAAGGUUGGGACCAGAAUCUCUGGGGCUGCUGCGUGCUGCCAGGGAGGUUUGGCCGGAGGGUGACGUGUUCGGUUCAGCUGAUGUGGAACCUGAAGAGGAACUAGAACUUCUGAAGCAAAUCCUCCAUGCCAACCUGCCAAGGUCAUCUCCUGAGAUUCUGAUGGAGGAGGACGAUGAUGGUGCCGAGAUAGAAGAGGAAGAGUACGAGCCUGUCCAGGUUUCUGAAACAGAAUUCAACCUUCUGGACUUUAUCAAAAGAUUUGCCAACCCCAGCAUUGUGCGUCCAUACCUUCUCCUAUUAAAAUCCUAUUCAAAAAACACACCCCACACAAACCACUGCAUUGCUCGAAUGCUGCACCGCUUGGCUGUUGACCUGAAAAUGGACGCCCUGCUCUACCAGUUGUCAGUCUUCCACCUUUUCAACAAAAUCCUGAGCGACCCCGCUGCAGCCGCUUACAAGGAACUAGUGACCUUUGCCAAGCAUGUGCUGAACCAUUUCUUUUCUGUGGCAGCACAAAACAACAAGGCAUAUGUUGAACUGCUUUUCUGGAAAAAUGUGGGGGCUGCACGUGAGAUGACAGAAGGCUACAGCAAAGAAGGAGAGGGAAAGAAACCAACGUGGACUGAAGAGGAGGAAGAGGAGCUGCGUAAACUAUACAUGGAGCAUCGUGAUUCUGAAGUGCCGGACAUAGUGGAGACUCUGCUGCCUUUACUCAGCAACAGCAACCGCACUCGACGACAAGUCGUGACACAACUGGUGCAUAUGGGCCUUGCUGACAAUGCUAAAGAACUGAAGAAACAGAAGAAAGGUACACGAAUUGUACUGUGGACAGAGGAGCAGGAAGAAGAGCUGCACAUGCUCUUUGAAGAGUACAAAGACUCUGACGAUGUGCUGGGGAACAUCUUAAAGAAGCUCACAGCUAAGCGAUCCCGUGGACGUGUGGUGGACAAGCUGCUUAGCAUGGGUUUGGUGUCCGAGAGACGAGAACUUUAUAAGAAAAGAAGCCGCAGUGCUCAAGGAAAGAGCUCUGGACAGGCAAUGACUGAAGAAGAAUUCUUAGCUGAAAUGACCCAAGAUGCCCUCGAUGAUUCAGUGGACAAAGAUGAUGAUGAGGAGGAGGAGGAGGGUGAGCAUGAUUCUGAAGACCACGAGGAAGAUAAAGAGGAGGAAAGAGAAAAUUCCCAAAAUAGUGGAAUAAAGAGCCAAAGCUUUCACCUCACAGUAGAGAGAAGAGCUGACAUAUGUGCCAUGGUUAAUGCGCUACAUGAGGAAGGCAUGUCUGGACCCUUGUUGUGGCUACAGAACUGUCUCAACAAAACAGCAAAGGACCGAAAAGAUGAUGGCGUAUCCCAGCCUGUUCCACUUGUUCCUCUGGCUGAGGCAAAUGAAGAAGCAAUGGAAAACAAGAGUUUCCUGAGGCUGUUACGCAAACUGGGAAUUCGACCACCUGCAAAUGAACAAGAGAUAUUCUGGAGAAUCCCAGCAAAGAUUAGUCCAUAUCAGCUCCAAAGUGCAGCUGCAGCUUUGACACCGAAUGAGAAAGAACCUGAAAACAGUGAAGAGUCCAACGGGACCAGAAACCCAUCAGAAGUACAGAGGCAGGAGGAUGAGGAGGAGGAGGAGAAGGAUGAGGAGGAGGUCUCAGGUGAACAGAGAGCUCAGACUCUCAGAGCUCUGCUGCUCGCACGCAAGAAGAAACACCACACCACUGUGGGUACAGCUCCUGUGUCAGAUUUGAAUUCUGGUGACGAUUCGGACGGUGUAGCUGAGAGCAGGUCUGAGGAGAAGACCUCAACUAAAAGAAGCAGAAGCAGACUUAUGGAUGAUGAUGACGAUGAUAAGGAGGAGACCGAGGAAGACUCCAGCACUGCGAAGGAUAUGGACACAAACGGUGAUGCAGAUUCAGACAGGGAGGAUAUUUCUGCUCCUCUAAAACGAAGACGGAAGAUGGUCUUAAUUGAUGAAGAGGAAGAAGAGGAUUAAUGGUUUUAGUUAAUGGACUGCAGGCAGGAGGGUCCCUUGUGUUACUCAAAAAGGGAUGCAGCCCUCUAGGGGUCAGUUUUCAGACAGCAUAAAGUUUUAUAAACUCAGAGUAAUGGGACCUUUGUUCUCUUGUUGUGAAAACAAAGAUCAUAUCCAGCUAAUUCAUUUUGUUAUCUCUUUAGCUUGAAAUUAAUUUCUGCAUUUGAUUUAUGAUGAUAGAUUAGUUCUUCCAGCCCACUGUUUUUGUUAGUUAUUUAUAUCUUAGCAUUUUUUUUCUUAGCAUUUUAAAUGUCAUUCUAUUAAUCAAAGCUGUAUCACAACACUUAUUAAAGUCAGCUGUUUCAUGUUUUACUUGAAUUUUGAGUCUUCCAUAUCUAAGAAUACCUGUUUCUAUCUAAGUUUUUUUUUAAAUAAUGUUCAAUCUUGGCUUUUUAUUUCUCUGUAAAUUGAAUCAUUC